AGCAAGUCGGCUACCACGCGCACGACUACAGAGGGCGCGCUGCAGAUCGCCGAGAACCCCGAAGCGGAGCCGGACACCCCCGGAGGGAAGCAAUGAGGUAGCGGCAGUCCCCGGAGCGGACGAUGUGCGCGUCCUGCCCUCGGAACCCCGCGCUACCUUGGCCGAGACGGCCGAGCGCGAGUCCCCGGCGUCCUCUCGGAGCGAGGAUGCAGUGAGCUGCGGGACCGUUGUGCUUGGCCCGCCGCGGCCAGCCAGACCUCUCGGACCACACUUGGGCAAGCUGCUUAUUCAGGGACCAGCCCAGCCGAGGGGCUCGCCCUCUCCUGCACCCACUGAGGGUGGGGAGCACCGACCCCUGGGCGCACUGCUGUAGUUUCCGCGGCUCCUGGCCCUGGCCCAAGACUUGUGUGUGUGUCACGUUCGCUGAAGAAGAGUUCCAGCUUAUUCUCUCACCAUCCCGGUUGCUUUGGCCGAGCCGCCCACCUCUAUUUAUUUGCACGCACUCAUUUGGCCUUCUUCUAAAAUAUUUUCCGCUCCGCUCUUAUUUUGUUGCUUGCCUGAGACUUUUGUCCUGGUUCUCCUCAUCUAGGCUUCUGUACUCUCUCUCUCUCUCUCUCUCUCUCUCUCUCUCUCUCUCUCUCUCUCCUGAUCUCUCUCGGCUGAUUUUUUUUUUCUCUCUCUCUAAGAUUCUACCCCAGCCCCUGCGGGGUUCCCAAGCACUAUCUGGCCUCCUCUGCCUCCAUCUCCCUGUCCCGGAGGUCCUCCCAGCUCGAGUUUUAUUUUUCGAGCUUGCCCGGGCCAAGCGUAGCCUGGGUUGGUGGCCCUGCGGGGCUCUCACCCCGCGCUCGGGCACCGCCGCCCCAGCCACUCUCGGGCGUCCUCCGGAGAUGCUGCCGUGGAAGAAGCACAAGUUCGAGCUGCUGGCCGAGGCGCCGCCGCGGCAGGCGUCCAAGCCUAAGGGCUACGCUGUGAGCCUGCACUACUCCGCGCUCAGCUCCUUGGCGAGAGCCUGCCCGGAAGGCGCGCUCAGCCGGGUGGGCAGCAUGUUCCGCUCCAAGCGCAAGAAGCUGCACAUCACCAGCGAGGACCCCACUUACACUGUGCUCUACCUGGGGAAUGCCACCACCAUCCAGGCGCGCGGGGACGGUUGCACUGACCUAGCGGUGGGCAAGAUCUGGAGCAAGAGUGAGGCCGGCCGUCAAGGGACUAAGAUGAAGCUGACCGUGAGUGCGCAAGGCAUCCGCAUGGUGCAUGCCGAGGAGCGAGCGCUGCGACGUCCCGGCCACCUCUACCUGCUGCACCGCGUCACCUACUGUGUGGCAGACGCGCGGCUGCCCAAAGUCUUCGCCUGGGUGUACCGACAUGAGCUGAAGCACAAGGCGGUAAUGCUACGCUGCCACGCCGUGCUGGUGUCCAAGCCGGAGAAGGCUCAGGCCAUGGCCCUGCUGCUCUACCAGACGUCAGCCAACGCUCUGGCAGAGUUUAAACGUCUCAAGCGGCGGGAUGAUGCGCGUCACCAGCAGCAGGAGUUGGUGGGCGCACACACCAUCCCACUAGUGCCGCUGCGCAAGCUGCUCUUGCACGGACCUUGCUGCUACAAGCCGCCAGUGGAGCGCAGCCGCAGCGCUCCCAAGCUGGGCUCCAUCACCGAGGACCUGCUUGGGGAACAGCAGGAAGAGGAGCUGCAGGAGGAAGAAGAGGAGCAACUGGAGGGCUGCCUGGAGGAGGAGGAGGAGGAAGAGGACGGCGUGGGGGAUGGGGAUCCAGCAGAGGAAGAGGCUGAGGCGCAGAGGGCGCUGGUGGUGGCCAUGCAGUUGGAAUGUGAGGACUUGCUGGACCCGCUGGAAAAUGGCCACGAGGAGGCGUUGGGAGACGGCGGGGUCUCGCUGGGACCCAGCUCGGGGACAUCACUUCCUCUGUCAGUCUGUGCCUCAGACAUGAAGGCCCAACUGUCACAGCUUAUUAGUGACCUGGGCGACCUUAGCUUUGGCAAUGACGUGAGCACCCUGGAGUCCGAUUUAAGGGUGACACGCCUGCUGUCGGGCGAGAGCACAGGCAGCGAGAGCUCCAUCGAGGGUGGAGGCCUGGAUGCCACCCCUGCCAGCCCUGGCAAGCCAUCGGGCCCCGCUGACUGCACCAACCUAGAUGAGCCCUACUCGGGCUAAGCUGCCAGAAGACUCCUCCGUGCGCCCCCCCCCAACAUACACACAGUGGCUCCCCAACAGUAGUUCUAUCCCCCCUAACCUCUCCAGGAAAGGGAAAUGAUAUACUUGAAGCCCAGACCUGACUUUGGAGUUUUCUGGGGACGCUAGUCUCUCCCGCUAGUUGCCCCAGAGCUUUUGCUCUGAGGUGGCUCAGGUUGUGAGCAGGGGGGUGGGGGGCAGGGAGGGCG